CACUCCCCGUCACUGCUAUGUGUCGAACACGGCGUAAAAACAAAUAUUGUCACAUAAGCGUUUGAAAAGUUGCAAAAAUGCGUCCGUGCAACAAUUUUAUGCCAAAAAGAGUCAUCAAAUUGUUAGUAAAUGACCCGUACAGCUUUCCAAGGUGCACUGAUGAGUCCUGCAGUCUCUCCCACUGCCUGCGGGAUCUUGCCCCCUCACACGCAGCACCCGCGCCCACUGCAUAGUCCUCAGACCAGACCCCAAAUGAAUCCAACCCCCGCGGAUCCCUUUGUACAUUGCACUGAUGCUGGGGGCCCCGUGUCGGCUCUGCUACAUCACUUUCCUCUGCAAAUAUAUUUGCUGUUAAGCAUCUCCCAUUGAUUCCUAUUGGAGAGGACGUUUCCAAAAAAAAAAAAAAAGAUGCAGGGUCACGGAGUGGGGCCCUCAGCAAGGUCCUUCAGCCUCCGCUACAUCCCUGGAUAUUACCUUUGAACACACACAACACAAAUAUAACAAUGCUGGAUGGAGAUGGAUCUGAAAUAUAAUAGAAUACAUAGUAUAGUGACAGGAGACGGAGUCUGCCGUUAUGUGGAGGGUCCAGCUGGAGCUUUUCGACCUCGAAUCAGAGUUGGAAAAGGUCAAGCCAGCAGCUAAAGGGUUACUGCCCUCUCCAAUCCCAAUAUCAGGUGUCGGCACCCCCCUCCCUGAACACCUCAACCCCGGCCCUCAGUGUGGAUGCUGCUGUGGACUUUCCUUGGUCACUGUAUAGCGACAUAUUUCCACGUAGGUGAACAGUCACUUUAAUAAAUGAAGGCCAUCAUGUACAGCCAGUCUGUCUCCUGUGCUGGACUCCAUGCUUGUAUCUCCUUCACUGACACAUUGUAGCAAACUGAGGUUGUAUGAAGUUAGAUACAGGCUGUUUAGACUCAGCUUUGCAAACAAUACAUAUUUCCAUUUCUCAGCAAGCAGAGAUCUUGAAAAUGGUGAGGAAUUCAAAAAGUGAAAGUGAACUAGAAAGGUAACAAAUUAAGGGAGGGAAGAUAUUUUUCUGCGCACACGGAACUUCCUGUCCUGUGACUGCAGUCACUUGUUAUAUGGUUGAUAACGGAGAGCGACAGUCCCCGUGAUCUGUGUCUGUCACUGGCCACAGAGGGAGAAGUGGCGCAGCGUGUGGGAUUUAUUUGAUUAAUGGAUUGGACAGACCUCCGUGUCGUCUCCGAUUCCCCAGACCCGGUAAGAAUGGCUGUGACUCCAUCUCGCACCAUGUCGGAUUUCGUUGAGGUUGAUUUGAGCACUCCUAAAUCCUCCCCAAAGGUAGCGCUGGUUCCCCCAUCCAAGGGCACAGCAGUGGGUUUGGCAUCUCUCCGUGCCCCCCAGGGCAGCACUGUACCCGCCUCGCCUCUCGCAUCACUAAACACAGGCGCAGAGCAGCUUCAUCCUCGCAACCCAAAUGGAAGCUCAGAGGAGGCGCCGCCGUCCAACCCUCCACCUGGUAUGGAUGCCAGUCCAGGGGCAUCAGGUCCAACCACUGUGAGGUCCCAGUGUCGCCCUCCAGUGGACGUUCAAGUAGGGGUUCCCCAGGACUUUAGCCAAUCUCCUGGGAACACGGGUCCUAUUGAUGGUGGGCAGUCUUCACCAUCUCGUCCUUCUGGCCAAAUUCCUGCAUCUGCCGCUGCGUCCUGCCCCCCGGACCGCAGGGCGCUCCUGAUCACUGAAGCUGCAGCCAAACAAGCGUUUCGGGAUUAUGGUGACAGCAAAUUUUGGUAUGGAAGCGCGCCGGCCAAAGAGAUGACGAUCGAGGGGCUGCAGCCAUUAAACACUUAUAGGUUUUCUUUGGAGACUUUUACAGAUUCGCGGACCUGCGAAUGGGUGACGGAACUAUAUACAGGUCAGCACGUGGAUUCUACAAAUGUUAGGUUCGUCCAGCCCUGGGAGGUCACGGUCGCUGUACCCGACAUGUUCAAGGACAGGACUCAGAAGAUGAAGGUUCCUAAUACGUCCUCGGUGAAGGUUUGUGCACAAUGCAAAGGGAUGGGAAAGAACAUGUGCCUGAGGUGUCACGGGACCGGCCGGAUCCAGUGCAUGUGGUGUAACGGGACCGGGAGACGGAUGCAGAUGGAGAUGUGUCAGCAGUGCUACGGGAGCGGGACCGAGAGCUGUAGGAUGUGUAACGUCACCAACAUUCAGAACUGCGUCACCUGCGCCGGGAGGGGACAAGUCCUGACCUACCUGCAGCUGACCGUCACCUGGAAGAAUAAUAAAUAUGAAUACAUAUCGGAUCAUAACUCAGAAUUCUCCUCGGAUCACUUCAGCGCUGUUCACGGAGAGAGGAUCUUUACAGACGAACAGUUGUCGGUAUCUCCACUGGCACAUUUCCCAGACUCCUCCAUUAUUUGGGCUUCCCAGAAUGCUUUGGAGCAGCACCGCACCCAGUUCUCCUCCACAUGUCAUGUUCUCAGACAGCGGCAGAGCAUUGAAUUACUUCCUCUCACCAAAGUGCAAUACACCUGGAAAGGGAAUCCAUUAAACUACUUUGUGUAUGGAAAGGAAAACAAGGUUUAUGUCCAGAAUUACCCCCAGAAGUGCUGCUGCGCGGUCAUGUGACCUCCCUGAACCAAUCACGUACUUGGACUUCUAACCCUGUGUCUUGUGUGAUAAUUUAUAGUUUUUUUAUUUGUAUCACUCUCACCGAAGCACGAAAAUCCACAGUUCUAAAAUGUGCACAAAAUUAUAACCUAUUAAGAAAUGUGUAAAAUAUAAUAAAUCGUAACUUAACAUUGUUGUAAAAAAAAAUCCUUGUUCUGUUUAGUCUGCGAUUUGUGAUGGGAAAUGAAAUC